AUGACCCCGAAAGGCACCAUAGCCGUCGAAGAAGCUGUUAUCAGCCCAGGCACCGCAUGGAUCCUCGACCAAUUCCAGCAAAUUCUUACUCCUGGAGAUGCAGGAAAGAUAGCCGUGGAGGCUCACAGAAGCCGCCUGUUAGAUAUUCAUGGCUCACGGUUACAGAUGAUGGAUGCAGAAGGCGUUGAGUACAUGCUGCUCUCUCUUACUUCCCCGGGUUGUCAAGGGAUGCACGAUCAACCAUUAGCCGAAAGGUCUGCUACAGAAUUCAAUGACUGGCUGGCCGCCGAAGUUGCAAAGAAUCCAAGUCGCUUUGGUGGGUUGGCCGCUUUAUCCAUGCACGACCCUGCCCAGGCUGGGUUGGAACUGGAACGGGCCGUCAAACAGCUGGGAUUCUUUGGAGGCAUAGUGAAUGACUACCAGAGUACUGGUAAAGAUGGCUCAGGGAAGAAGUACUAUGAUACCUCUUUCUACGAUCCGUUUUGGGAAAAGGUGCAGGAGCUAGAUGUGCCGAUAUAUUUUCAUCCUCGAUAUCCGCCAGAAAAGGAUCUUAGAGAAAGCGACACACCUUAUGGCAGUCGUAUGCAUUUGCUAGGUGCAGGUGUUCAGUUUCACUUGGAUCUCUCAUUUCAUGUCUAUGCCGUGUGCUCUUCUGGCAUUCUCGACCGUUUCCCCCGUCUAAAGAUCGUAGUUGGUCACCUUGGUGAGAAUAUUCCAUUCAAUCUUUGGAGAGCCUCGCAUUGGUAUAACAAGCCUAGCAAAAGGGUGGCGCGACCAUCACAGCACGACUACACGUACUAUUUCAAGCACAAUAUAUUUAUCACGACAUCAGGGAACUUCUCGACUGCUGGAUUAGAGUUUUGUAUCAAAGAGUUGGGCGAAGAGAGAUGCCUCUUCUCAAUUGACACACCGUACGACCAGAUCCAGGAGGCACAGGCAUGGUGGAGGACUGUUGAUAUGGAUCAGAGCAAGAAGGACCGAGUGGCACGAGGGAACGCCAUCAAAUUAUUCAGACUUCCGCUAUCCGUGUGA